AGGUGGCGUCGGGCGCGCGCGUAGCCCCGCCGUGCCCGCGUCCCGUGCGGCCGCCAUGUUGUUGUGGCUGUGAGCGGCGGCGGAGGCAGCCAGGAGCCCAGCGACCCCGGCCCAGGCAGGAGGCCGCGCCCCGGGACGGGGUGUGUGGGGGGGGCUCCGCGCCAUGCCCUGCCACGCGUUGCCAAUGUGAAGUGUCAGAAGAGUAUCGUUUGAAGCUUUCUGGGACAAAGAGGAUUGUUUUAUUCUCUCAUUCUUUGAUUUUAAUACGUGAAGAAGAGACUCAAAGUAUUGUGAGUAAAGACGAGGAUUCCUCCUCCUAUCCAGGGCCUGUCAUGGAUGAAGAGACUCAGCACAGCCUUGAAUGCAUCCAGGCUAAUCAGAUUUUUCCCAGGAAGCAGCUGAUCCGAGAGGAUGAGAACCUUCAGGUCCCGUUCAUCGAACUCCACGGUGAGAGCACGGAGUAUGUCGGGCGAGCAGAGGAUGCCAUCAUUGCACUUUCUAAUUACAGGCUUCACAUCAAAUUCAAGGAGUCUGUUGUGAAUGUUCCAUUGCAGCUUAUAGAAAGUGUGGAGUGUCGUGAUAUAUUUCAACUUCACUUGACUUGCAAAGACUGCAAGGUUAUAAGGUGUCAGUUUUCUACUUUUGAGCAGUGUCAAGAUUGGCUUAAGAGACUGAACAAUGCCAUCCGCCCACCCUCCAAGAUUGAAGACCUCUUCUCCUUUGCCUAUCACGCCUGGUGCAUGGAGGUGUACGCGAGUGAAAAGGAGCAGCACGGGGAUUUGUGUCGGCCAGGAGAACAUGUAACUUCAAGGUUUAAAAACGAAGUGGAGCGGAUGGGUUUUGAUAUGAACAAUGCCUGGAGGAUUUCCAACAUCAAUGAGAAGUACAAGCUCUGUGGUAGUUACCCCCAGGAAAUCAUAGUUCCUGCCUGGAUCACAGAUAAAGAGCUGGAGAGCGUGGCAAGCUUUCGGUCCUGGAAGCGUAUCCCUGCUGUUGUGUACAGGCACCAGAGCAAUGGAGCAGUGAUUUCCCGCUGUGGACAGCCCGAGGUCAGCUGGUGGGGCUGGAGGAAUGCAGAUGAUGAACACCUGGUCCAGUCUGUAGCCAAAGCCUGUGCCUCAGAUUCAAGGUCUAACAGUAGCAAAUUAAUGAAUGGAAAUUGUUCAAGAGAUUUCCCCAACGGAGGGGACCUCUCUGACGUGGAGUUUGAUUCCUCAAUCUCUAAUGCUUCAGGAGCAGAGAGUUUGGCAAUACAGCCUCAGAAGCUUUUGAUCUUGGAUGCCCGAUCUUAUGCAGCAGCUGUGGCAAACAGAGCCAAAGGUGGAGGCUGUGAGUGCCCAGAAUAUUACCCAAACUGUGAAGUGGUGUUCAUGGGGAUGGCAAACAUUCAUUCCAUCCGGAAGAGCUUUCAGUCCCUGCGUUUGCUCUGCACACAAAUGCCAGAUCCAGGAAAUUGGUUAUCAGCUCUGGAAAGUACCAAAUGGCUGCAGCAUUUAUCUGUGCUUCUGAAGUCUGCACUCCUGGUAGUUCAUGCCGUGGACCGAGACCAGCGGCCGGUGCUGGUGCACUGCUCAGACGGCUGGGACCGAACCCCCCAGAUUGUGGCACUGGCCAAACUGCUGCUAGACCCAUAUUACAGGACCACAGAGGGUUUCCAGGUGCUAGUGGAGACAGAGUGGCUGGAUUUUGGCCACAAGUUUGCAGAUCGCUGUGGCCAUGGGGAGAACUCGGACGACCUCAAUGAGCGCUGCCCGGUGUUUCUGCAGUGGCUGGACUGUGUCCAUCAGCUCCAGAGGCAGUUCCCUUGCUCCUUCGAGUUUAACGAAGCAUUCCUUGUGAAAUUGGUGCAGCACACCUACUCUUGCCUCUUUGGUACAUUCCUGUGCAACAAUGCGAAAGAGAGAGGAGAGAAACACACUCAGGAACGGACCUGUUCUGUCUGGUCUUUGCUGCGGGCAGCAAACAAAGCCUUCAAAAACCUGCUCUACUCUUCCCAAUCUGAAUCUGUGCUGUAUCCCGUGUGCCAUGUGCGUAAUUUAAUGCUCUGGAGUGCUGUUUACCUGCCCUGCUCUUCCCCCUCUACACCUGCUGAUGACACCUGUGCCCCAUACCCUGUGCCAGGCUCUAGCCCUGAAGAUCAGCCUCUGGGCAGGUUACCAAAGACAAGAUCAUUUGACAAUCUGACAACAGCCUGUGACAGCAGCGUGCCUACAAGCAACCGCCGCAGCAGUGACCCCAGCCUGAACGAGAAGUGGCAGGAGCACCGGCGCUCCCUGGAGCUGAGCAGCCUGGGCAACCCCAGCGAGGAUCCCUUUGAGGGAGACAGCCUGAGCAAACAGGGCAGGGCUCCCCUUGGAGCAGAGCUCUCUGUUGCAGCUGGAGUGGCAGAGGGACAGAUGGAGAACAUAUUGCAGGAGGCCACUAAGGAUGAUGUUGGUCUGGAGGAGCACUUAAGGGGUAGCCUAGAGGCAGGAGGGAAAGGGGAUGAGAUUGGCCUGGAUAAGGAGAAGAGAAGUGAAAACCUGCAUGAGUAUGGCAGUGACCCCUGUGCGAGGGCUGAGGCAGAGAAGGGCGUUGUGCUGAACAAUCCUGCGUUCAAUCCACAUCCAGUCUCACAAGGUGCUUCUGAGCUUAAAGGACAACAGGAUGAGCAUCCUGAUCUCAGUAACGCCAUCCAGAAGUUACCUCAGGGCAAAGGGCUCCAGACUGUUCCUUUGGAGGCCUUUGUGAAGAGAGACACUCAGAAGAACCCGGGGGAAGAAGGCGUUAGCAGACUUGAAGGAGAAGCGGAGAGCCUGUGCAACGCGGCGCAGGCCAGCCUUCCCUUCCCUCUUACAGUCCCACACGAGGCAAGAACAUCCAACAUUGAAAGCUCUACAGAAACCUUAACAGAGAAUGAAGCAAAGCAAGAGCCUGUUCCCAGGAAUCCUUGCCAUAGACCUCACCUGAGCAACAACAGCGCUGAUGAACUCUGUCGAACAACUGAAAACAGGCCGGAGGGGGAGAGCGUGCUAGAGCUUCACAGACUGGGAACAAAAGCACAUAGGACUGCUGGUAGCAGCACACACCUCCCGAUGCCUUCCCCUUGUGCCUUGCCUUUAGCUGAAUGUAAAGAUGAGAUUGUGUGUAAUGGAGAGCUGGAGCCUGAGAACAAGGCGACGGAGAAGCCCGCGGGGUUUGGCGUGGCGCAGAAACACCCCGCGAGCAACGGCCACUGCGUCAAUGGCGAGGACGCUGGGCUCAAGGCCUCUCUGAGUCGGCAGGUCUCCACAGCUAGCUGUAGCUCUGCACAGCUUCACUUGAGGAACUUGCACCAAAAAUGGCUCUUUAGUCACCUUGGUAAGCAGCAGGCGGCCAGCAGCCCAGACCAACCCGCCAGAAGUCACCUGGACGACGACGGGAUGCCCGUGUACACCGACGUUAUCCAGCAGCGCCUGCGCCAGAUAGAAACUGGCCACCAGCAGGAAGUGGAGACCUUGAAGAAGCAAGUGCAAGAGCUGAAGAGCAGGUUGGAGAGCCAGUUCCUCAACAGCUCCUUACGGCUCAACGGUGAUUAUGGAGACGAAGUGACUUCUAUACCCGACUCGGAAAGCAAUCUGGAUCAGAACUGCUUGUCUCGCUGCAGCACAGAGAUUUUCUCUGAAGCCAGCUGGGAACAGGUGGAUAAACAGGACACAGAGGUGACACGAUGGCUUCCAGACCACCUCGCCGCACACUGCUACGGCUGCGACAGCACCUUCUGGCUUGCCAGUAGGAAGCACCACUGCAGGAAUUGUGGAAACGUGUUCUGCUCCAGCUGCUGUAACCAGAAGGUGCCCGUUCCCAGCCAGCAGCUCUUCGAACCCAGCAGGGUCUGCAAAUCCUGCUACAGCAGCUUGCACCCCAGCAGUCCCAGCCUGGAUCUCGAACUGGAUAAACCCAUCACUGCCACCUCAAAUUAGAAGCUGCGGCCCGGGAGCGGCGUGGGAGCGGCUGCGGCGGCUCCUCCCCGGGCCGGGGGCGGGUUCUGGGCGGGCUGUGGCUCGGAGCACAGGGAGCUGAGCACUUUGGAGGCCGGAGCGUGGGGCACCGCGCCGCUGGAGCCUGGGAGUCUCCUUUUCCAGCUGUUUCCCCCUCCUCCCCUUUCCCUUCUGUCCUCUCGGUGUGGAUGUGUCUACGCGCCUGCCCGUGUGUAUAUAUCAUAAUAUAUAUGUGUGUGUGUUUGUUUGCUGGAGGAUGGUGGCAGUGGGAAGGGAGCUGGCACCAGGACCACGUUUCCUCGUGGUAUUUGAUCUGUCCCACUGCCAGACUGGUGCAGACAGACGCCGGAGUGGAGGCAGGGAGCCGAGGGGCAGCAGCCCUGCAGGGGGAGAGCUCAGCCCCUGUAGCGUCAGUGCUAGCGCUUGCAAUCACUCCUCUUACUUCCAAACAAGAAACUGCUGUUUGGGAACCUGUUGCUGCUAGAAGACAUGGGAAUCUCUUUCCCAAGAGAGCACUCUCCCUCUCUGUUCUUAGAGUGGGCUUUAGUUCUCCACGCUGCGUGCCGGGGGCUGUGCAGCCCGGGCUGGGAGCGGAGCCAGGGCUCCGGGCAGCGCCUGGGCACGGAGCGGGGCCGGGCUGGGAGCAGCUCCCCCUGCAGCUCUAAAUGCAGUUGAGCAGUGAGGAGCCCGUGGGAGGGAAGCAGAAGCCCUUGGGCUGCUCUCCCUGCCCCUCCUGCCCUCGCUGCCGAGCUGCUCCCGCUGCACUUUACUGACACUGCCCAACCCGCCGGGCCCCGGGGCUGCCUCCUGCCUCGCUCCCUGCUCCCUGCAGGUCACAAACAAACCUGCCUGAGGUUUUGAUGGAGACCCGGGGUACAUCACAGCUUCCUCUUCUUCCUUCUCUCCCCAUCUGAGUCACUUUUAAAGUCACCUCAAUCAAGUGUGAAUUGAGUCUUUGGAAAGGAGCGUUAGGUGCUGGUCCCUUUGCCUUUGGGUAGAGCCUGCUUAGUGCAGUUUGGCCAGGAAGAUGUAGAUCCUGCUGCUGGACACAGCUCCAGCUUCUCCUGGGAUGGUCUCAGGAGUCCCACUGGAGUCCUGGAGAGCUCAAAAUCUAAGAAACCUUGGAGAGGAGAUCCCUUCCCUUCCCUUCCCUUCCCUUCCCUUCCCUUCCCUUCCCUUCCCUUCCCUUCCCUUCCCUUCCCUUCCCUUCCCUUCCCUUCCCUUCCCUUCCCUCCCCAUGGCAGUGGCAUGAUCCAAAGUGAGUUUCACCCAGGGAAAGCUGCCUCAGAGCAUUUGUCAGGUCUGACAGGGAGCUGAUGUUUUUAGUUUGGGUUUUGAACUCUCCCCCUGCCCCUUGCAGGGAUGUGGCCCUGCUGCCGUGGGAGCUGGCACGGGAGCGGGGGAAGGCCGCUGGGACCCCAAAGCUGGCAGAACAGGGGCUCUGGGGCUGCCCCACAUGGCUUUGGCAACGUUGUCUCUUACUGUCAGGAGGGAAAGACAAAGACAGGUUCUCCACCUGAGUGGUACCUGGAAGUGUUUGUCCCUACACCAGGGCCCCGAGUUGCUGGAGCAGGAGCUGGUGGAGCCCUUGGGGGGGGGGAUGGUGGCCUUAGGGACACCCCCAGAGCCAGUGGGGCUGAGGGCAAAGGGAGAGGCUGAGCUGCAGCUCCUGCCAGGUGCCAAGAGGUUCUGAUACGGGUUGGGGCUGUGCUGUACAGUGUGAAUAAAUGCUUGCAGCUCUGUAGUCUUUUUUUGAUGGAUGAAAGCACUUUUUUAAUUAAUGUUAUUUUUGUGUGUGUGUAAAGGAAGAGGCAGCCCCUGUGCAUGGAGACAGCUCUGUGCUGGAGGCAGCCCCUGUGCAUAGAGACAGCUCUGUGCUGGAGGCAGCCCCUGUGCAUGGAGACAGCUCUGUGCUGGAGGCAGCCCCUGUGCAUGGAGACAGCUCUGUGCUGGAGGCAGCCCCUGUGCAUGGAGUCAGCCCUUGCACAGCUCUGUGCUGGAGGCAGCCCUUGCACAGCUCUGUGCUGGAGGCAGCCCCUGUGCAUGGAGUCAGCCCUUGCACAGCUCUGUGCUGGAGGCAGCCCCUGUGCAUGGAGACAGCUCUGUGCUGGAGGCAGCCUCUGUGCAUGGAGACAGCUCUGUGCUGGAGGCAGCCCCUGUGCAUGGAGUCAGCCCUUGCACAGCUCUGUGCUGGAGGCAGCCCCUGUGCAUGGAGACAGCUCUGUGCUGGAGGCAGCCUCUGUGCAUAGAGACAGCCCUUGCACAGCUCUGUGCUGGAGGCAGCCCCUGUGCAUGGAGUCAGCCCUUGCACAGCUCUGUGCUGGAGGCUGCCCUUGCACAGCUGUGUCCAGGGAGACAGCCCUUGCACAGCUCUGUGGUUGAGGCAGCCCCUUGCACAGCUCUGUGUCCAUGGAGGCAGCCCCUUGCACAGCUCUGUGCUGGAGGCAGCCCCUUGCACAGCUCUGUGGUGGAGGCAGCCCCUUGCACAGCUCAGUGUCCAUGGAGGCAGCCCCUUGCACAGCUCUGUGUCCAUGGAGGCAGCCCCUUGCACAGCUCUGUACAUGACCCUUCUCUCCCCACCACAGGAAAGUGCUCCUCUGUUUUCCAUGUUGGUCCAAGCGAGAGGUGAAUACUUUAGAAUUGUUAAAUAUAUAAAUAAAAGUGAAUAAAGUUGA